GGAUUGAUUGCGUCACAGAUGGCUAGCCCUCCCUACUACUCCAUUGUUUGAGCAUUUUGGACACGGUUACAUCGUCGCCUCAUGUGCCCCUAAACAAACCCACACUGAGGAAUAAAUAGCACACAAGAGAUGUGAGGGCAUCAUGUGAGGCCACCAACCAGCCCAUUUCCAGUCCAGCGGUGAUUUAAGUGGUGGGUAGGGGGCGCUAUCUCACUGGACUGGAGAUGUUUGAGGCAAAACAACAUCGAGCAGUGGACAAGAAAGAGUCGAGCACAGAGACAGAUGAGGGCCUCGGCAGCAGUAGUAAACAUUUCGGCUCAGGGUCCCUGGGCUCUGGUUCGGGGGGCUCCGUGUACCUGUCCGACAGCCAGGACUGGGUGGUCUCUCCCAGCUGCUCACCUGACGAAGGCCCCGCCCCCCACCCCGCCAUCUCCCCCAUGUUAGCAGAGGAGACCUUCAGAUACAUGAUCCUCAGUGCAGAUCGAGUGGAGCAGAUGACCAAGACGUACAAUGACAUCGAAGUGGUCACGCACCUUUUGGCUGAGAGGGACAGAGACUUGGAGUUGGCGGCUCGGAUCGGUCAGUCUCUUUUACAGAGGAACCAUCUUCUGCAGGAACGAAACGAGGCCAUAGAAGAGCAGCUCGCUCAGGCUCUGGACCAGGUGAACCAGUUGCAGCAUGAGCUCGGUAAGAAGGACGAGUUGUUGCGGAUGGUGGCGAUUGCGUCGGAGGAGAGCGAGACAGACUCCAGCGUCUCGACUCCUCUUCGGCAGAACCCGCCUCUCGGAGCGGUCUCCACGGCAACGGCAGCCCUCAGCCAACUGGAACAUCUGCAAUACAAACUGCAAGAGCUGGAGGAAGAGAACCUGGCCUUGAGAUCUGAGGCAUGUCAGCUGAAAAGAGACACCAUAAGCUACGAGGAGAAGGAACAACAGCUGGUCAGCGACUGUGUUAAAGAGCUUCGAGAGUCCAAUUCGCAGAUGGUUACUCUGACAGAAGAUUUGUCCAAAAAGAAUGAAGAGCUUGUUAGACAUCAAGAGGAAAUCGCUCAGCUCCUGUCUCAAAUCGUAGAGUUGCAACACAGAGUGAAAGAACUUGCUUUAGAGAAGGAAGAACUACGAAUCCACUUACAAGCCUCCAAAGAUGCUCAAAGACAACUGACAGCAGAGCUAAAAGAAGUGACUGAAAGAAAUGCAGAGUGUUUGGAAAUGUUUCACGAAUCACAGGAAGAAAUUAAAGAACUGAGGAACAAAAACAGUCCAUUUUCUGGGAUGAGGAGACACAUGUCCUACGGGAUGUACCCCAUGGACUCUUUGGCAGCUGAAAUCGAAGGCACCAUGAGGAGAGAGCUGAGCAUAGAUGAAGAAACGGCUUAUGAGGACCAAAGACUUUCCCAGAAGCGAGUUUUCCAGACGGUUCGGUCCUUAAACGCAGCAGCAUCGUCCAGAGCCCCCUCAGCCGUGCCCCCCAUCCCCGGGUCAGGCAGCUCUCUGGUGAUGACCGCACAGCCCCUCCCCUCCACAGAGGAGGUGAAGAUGGGGCUGCCUGGUUGUCCCGGUGGUAAUGACUUGACCAAAGCUCUGCACAGACUUUCUUUGAGGAGACACAACUUCCUUUGUGAAAGACAGUUCUUCCAGUCGGAGCGGGAGAGGAAGCUCCAGGCGCUGACAGCAGAGGGCACUGACGAGGCCAGCGGCUGCUGUUCUCCAAUGGGCAGUGUCAUGUCUUCUUAUUCAAACCUGUCGGAGCUCUCCAUCGGCUCCAGCGUGUUCAAAACCUUCCUUCCAGAGAAACUGCAGAUUGUCAAACCCAUGGAAGGCUCCCUGACGCUUCACCAUUGGCAGCAGCUCGCUAAACCUCACCUGGCCACCAUCUUGGAUCCCCAUCCCGGAGUCGUCACUAAGGGUUUCCGCCCGCUUGCCCAGGACGCUGUUUAUCAACUCUCAGACAUGGAAGAGGACGAAGACAACGAAGCAAGAAGUCGGAGCACUUUGGAGAAGGGAGCAACCGAAUUAGGCAAAGAUGAAGAGGAGGAGGAGGAAGAGGGAGGUAUAACGUUCAAAGUCAGAUGCACAUCCACGCCCGAAGAGAGGAGGGAGAGGAAGUUGCCAGUCUCGCCACUUCCUGUCUCGCCCCUCUCUCUAAAUUUGCCGACAGCAAGCGCUCUGUCCAAUGUCCAAGCAGAGACCCAAUCAGCACAGAGCGUUCCAGUUACAUCAGCAGCAACCAGCCAAUCAAAUGACAAGAUUACAGUGACUACUUCAUCAGUGCAAAACCCAGGAAAGAGUCAGAGCUCCACUUUCUCCACCUACACCUUCACCACCUGUCGCAUCCUGCACCCGAGCGACGUCACACAAGUUACUCCCAGUUCCCAGUCGUCUCUUGCAAACACUCCAAGCUCGAUGCGGACCGGUCCAAGCACUCCAGUGACCCCCUGCAGACUCAGUUUGGGCGACUCCUUCCCCCCUCGUCGCCCUGUUGCACCCCCUCCUGGCAGCUUAGCAAAACUCGUCUUAGAACGUGGUAUUUCUGCGCAAGUCUCCACCGAAACUCCUCCUUCAUCACCUAAACCCAAAAACAGACCACCACUUCUUCGCCUAUUCCCCGUCACGCCUCCAAAUUCCCCUUCCCAGUCGCCAUCGCCAUCUCCUCUCCCAACUGAGCGACCCGCAGACAACUUCUUAGCAUCUCGACCUGCAGAAUUGUUCCUCCAAGAUGUUUAUGGUUUGAAUUUGGGACGUGCGCCGCAUCCGAACUUACCAAGCCCUUUGCAAGACACCCUGGCUCAAAUUGCGCCCCCAAAACCAGAUCAAGUUGGGCUAGUUGAGCGAUUACGUAAGCUAGGAUUCAAAAAGGUUCUACAAAGCGAAUCGGCCAGACAGGACUCUACUUUUGUAUCUACGGGCGGAGGUAGUUUAUUGGACGGACUAAGGCGAAAUCAAAGUCUACCCGCGUUAAUUGGAGCUAAACCAGGGAAGUCUUCAACAAGUCACCUGCCCCAUCACCCAACUUCCCUCGCCAUUCCUCCCCCGCCCUGGGGUAACUUGAAGGAGAGAAGGCACCAUGUUGGAUUUGGUAAUGCCCCUCCCACUACCAAAUCCUAAGUGUUAUUCCUGUAACAUCCAACAAUAUGGGGAAAAACAAACCAGGGUUGCACAUUAUUGAGUAAAUAUGUGGUAUUCGAUAGUUAUGAUUUUAAUAUUGUGAUUAUUAAUAUGAAAUCUCAAGAAACGGUGAGAGCUAGAUUACAUUACAACAAAAAUGUAAAACUUGAACUAAAAACUAAACCAAAUUCAAAAACAAGUCUAAAUUUAUGCCGAAAAUGUUUAGAUUUAGAAAAACAUAUGAGGGUUUAUACAUUUAGAUAAAAAAAACAAAUGAACAUCUUUGUCAAAUUACCAACUUUAACCUUACCUGCGAUAUUGAUCACUUUUUUGAGAGAUAUCGUGCAGUCCUAAAAAAAAAUAAAAAAUCCAACCAAUUCCCCCGUUUUUAACCUAAAUUUAAAGCACAAUUUUAUUACAUGUUUUUAGUGGUGAAACUGCAAAGUCUUUCUGUAGAUAUUUGCUAGUUUUAUUGCCUUAGCUUGCCCAUUAGGUAGCUAGUGUGUUUUUAAAUAGGUAGGUUUAAAAUGGCCACAUGGAAUGUUUAGUCAAAGAAAGACAAAAGGAAAGGUUAUGAUGGUUUGAGGAAGUUUAAUAAAGGAGGGAGAGACAAGAGAGAGAGACAGGAUGGGGAGGAAAGCUAGAGAAAGAGGGAGAGAAAUGGGUGGCUUUGAAAGAAACGGUAAGUAGGAAAAUGUAUAUGAAUUAUUUUGACUGGAUGGUUUCAUAAUAGGUUUGAAAAGCUUUAGUUUUAGGCCUGAACUAGCCUUAUAUGCCACUAAACUCUUAAAAUUGCGCCAUUUUGAAGUAACGGUAUACAUAAUUCAGAAAACCCUGCCAGUAUUGAUAAUUUAAAGGCCCUAUCUUAUGCUAUUUUCCGAUCUAUGUUAUGUUGUUUCCUAGUCAAAAACAUACCUGGAGAACACAUUGAGCUAUAUUUUUGAUUAGGUAACAACAUCAUUCCAUGACUUAAAGCAAGAAUCCAUUUUGUGUAAUAUAGGACCUUUCAACAGUUGCACAAAUGUAUAGUCGGUGUGUUCCUAUUUCCGUCCAUUGCAAGGGCCGUGUUUGCAUGAUUUUCAACUACAAUUCCCAGCAUGCACUUGUUGCCAAGCUAAUCCUUGUUACCAAAUUCAAUUGAUGACUAUUCAGGUUUUUGUGUGGUGUUGUAUGGGGCCUUAUGUAUAAGCUAGCACUGUUCAGUUGUGUCCAUGCAAGCCAUUUUUGUACUAAUAUUAUGUACUUGUAUUAAUUUGAUUUUCAUGAUUUUUAAUGCAAAGUUUCAGCCAUUUGAUCUCAGGCGUUUAAAUCAAUAUAUAAUGAGGGAAGCCACUUCAUUUUUUAAUUCAGGGUAAGCUUUGAUUUUUUUCUUUUUUUGUUUGGUUUUCUAUGCCAUAUUUGGUCAGACAGAGCCAAUAUGUUGUGUCAAACCUCAUAUAAAAAUACUACAAAAGUAUAGCAAAACAAAAUGAAUUCAGAUUUCAAAAAACAGAGUUAAUAUCACAGGUAGACUGAUAUUAGUGUGUGCAUUUUGUCUAAAACUCGCAAUUAAAGGUUAAAAGUGCACUGCGUAACUUUUCUGAUGGAAGCAAUCUCCUUGUCUUCUUGCCUGGAAUGUUCCACUGUAUGGCAUUACCAAUUUAAUGUGCAUUUCUUGAACUACAAAUGUUUUUAUUGCUCAAAAAAUCACCUUAAAACAUGUAUUUUUACUAUGAGUUAGGUCUCCUCUGCACUGAUCUGAUCAGUAACUUGGCCUGUAGUGGCUUUAUCUGCUUGUUUCGGUAACUUCCAAGGCAAAACUUUCAAGGCAAAACUACAACUUUUCCUUAGAGACUAGCAGAAAAGUUACACAGUGCACUUUUUAAUGCAAAAAGAAGUAUUUCAAGGUAUUAGCUAUUUCAUAUAACCACUGCUUAAUCCCUGCUGCUAUUCGACCCUAUCGUGACUAACUUAUAUUUUAUUGCACUUUUAAUAUUCAUUUUGUAUCGUUUUAAUGUCAGUUUUUUAAAAUUUAACUGAAAUAAAUUCUAACAUUAUUUAACUUGUUUUGAAAAAAUAUUGCUAACAUUUGGUUGUGAUGUUUUAUUUUAUACAAGCGCACAUGUUACGUUUAUUAUGCUUUUUGUUUUGAGUUUAAUGUGUUGUACAUUGAUUAUAGCCUUGGUUUUACAGAGAAGGACUAGAGAGUUAAUAUAGGAACUGUACAUUUACUGUGAGGUUAGUGCUAGCUCGAAUCUCAUAAUAGAAAUAGAAAAUGCUAAACGUUUUGUCUUUUUCAAAAUCCUCUGUAAACGGCUUUUAAUCAGUUACCUCUUUUUUAAA